UAUAGCAAUUAAUUAGUCAAGGAUGAACAUCCCUUCUCCUCUCUCCCUUUACUCUAUUUCUACAGUAUCAUUAUGGCUACUCCUCAUCCCUCUUGCCUCUCUUCUUCUUCUAAUUCACAAAGGAAAGCAGAAUCAUAAACUCCCUCCCGGCCCGAAGAAGCUUCCAAUAAUUGGCAACCUCCAUCAGCUCGGUUCAAUUCCUCACCGUUCACUUUGGCUACUCUCCCAAAAACAUGGACCUUUGAUGCAUCUACUGCUUGGUCUCAGGCCAACACUAGUAGUUUCAUCUGCUGAAGUGGCCAGAGAAGUAUUAAAGACUCAUGAUCUUGACUUUUGCACUCGACCGCAUCUCGUUAGUACUGAUAAGUACUCAUAUAACUGCUCUGAUAUUAGCAUGGCACCCUAUGGGGAAUACUGGAGAGAGAUGAGAAAAUUGUGCAUACUUGAACUUUUCAGUGCCAAGAGGGUAGAAUCCUUUCGUGAGAUAAGAGAGGAAGAGGUAUCUCUGACGCUUCAAUCGAUUUCGUCUUCUUCGUCGAAGCCUGUCAAUCUGCAGAAGGCUAUGGUCAGCCUGGCGAAUAGUAUUAUCUGCAGGAUUGCUCUGGGUAAGAAGUAUGAGAAGGGUGACUUCCAUCGAAUUCUUGAACAAGCCGAGCCACUGUUGGGAGGCUUCUUCGUUGCUGAUUUUUUUCCGAUGGUGGGUUGGAUCGAUAAAUUGACUGGAAAAAGAUGUCGGCUUGAAAAGAACGCUGGAGAGCUUGACGAGUUUUAUGAGGAAGUAAUAAAAGAUCAUCUUGAUCCUGAAACUAUUAGACCUGAAUAUGAAGACAUAGUUGAUGUUUUGCUUCGUGUACAAAAGGAUGCAGGCCAUAUUACAAAGGAAAAUAUCAAGGCGGUUCUUACGGAUAUUUUCAUCGCUGGAAGCGAAACAGCAUCUGCAACCAUAGUUUGGGCCAUGGCUGAGCUUGCAAAGAAUCCAAGAGCAAUGAAGAAAGCACAAGAGGAAAUAAGGGUCUUCCUCCAAUCAAAAGAAAAGGUAAAAGAAGGAGACCUGUUAGAUUUAAAAUUGAAGGAGACAGAAAUUCUGAGGCGUGAAACACUUUCCUUAAAGAAAUAUUUGCCUCCACUUGAUAUUCAAAGUUGCUUCGGGUUAAUGCAAAAUUUCUUCCCAGGAUACAACAGAAAAUAAAAAUUCCAGUAAGCAAAUCUGGAAUUUUCCUUAAUUCGUUGUGAAACAAGUUUGUAAUAUUGCAGAACUUUUUGAUAGAAAAGAUUCAGAAAAAGAAUUGUUAAAAAGAUAUCUGAAAACAU